AUGGAAAGUCUGGAAACUGCUCUAAAACUAGCAGCGGCAUCGAAACCAGCGGAGCACAUCCGUAAUGUGUGUUUGGUAGCUCAUGUUGACCAUGGAAAAACGAGUUUCGCAGAUUCGCUUGUUUCAGCCAAUGCUGUUAUUUCUAGUCGAAUGGCAGGUAAACUACGCUAUAUGGAUAGCAGAGAAGAUGAACAAACUCGUGGAAUUACGAUGAAAUCGAGUGGAAUCAGCUUGCUCUGUGAACCACUUCUUAUCAAUCUUAUCGAUAGCCCUGGACAUGUGGAUUUCUCUGGAGAAGUGACAUCUGCUCUGAUCCUGUCCGACAUUGCCCUUCUCCUUGUUGAUGUAAUUGAAGGUAUUUGCUCACAAACAGAAGCUCUGAUUCGACAAGUCAUCCGAAAUGGACAGGUUAUGAUUUUGGUUAUCAACAAAAUCGAUCGGCUGAGAGUAGAAUUGAAGAUGUCGUCAAGCGAAGCAUAUCAACACAUGGCUCGUUUAAUUGAAGGCGUCAACAGUUGUAUCAGUCAAGUUCUCGGAGGAAUCGUUUUAGAAGAUGAUACGUGGGGAAAUAUUGAAGAAGCAGAAGAAAAAUUGCAUUUUGAUCCAGCAAAAGGCAAUGUAAUUUUCUCAUCAGCUCUUCAUUCGUACGCCUUCGGAUGCGAAGAUUUUGCCACGUUGGCAGCCGAGAAAAUGAAGGUGGAGAAGUCGAUAUUACUACCUGCAAUGUUUGGAGAUUUUUGGAUUGAUUCAACUGGAACCAUUCGAGAUUCUGCUGCUGCUAAAAACAAGGCAACUAUGUUUGAGCGAAUAGUUCUGGAACCUCUUUGGAAGCUUCACGAUCUCGGUUUAGUAGAUAAUGACGUCACAUUAUUGUCAGAAGCUGCCAAGAAACUCGGGUUCACUUUGAAGUCGCGUAGAGCAAAUGAGGCAUUUGACGAAUUGAUGAGAAGUUGGUUACCACUCCCGAAAGCCAGUUUCCGUGCUGUUGCUCGAGCUCCGAAUGUUCGAUCCACAUUCGAGACACAACAUCGUUUGGAUCAUUUAACCGGACAUCGUUUAGAUCAUCCAUUGAGACCGUUUGUAUUGGGAUGCGAUUCUACACGAAUGACGAUAGUUUUUGUUGUAAAACUCCUUCAAACUGAAGACAAAAGUUUGAAUUCGCGAAGAGCAAUUUGCCGUAUUCUCAGUGGAACUCUUCGGAAGGGCGACAAAUUGUUUGUCCUUCAGCAGCAUGGUAGCAGUGAAGUCACUUCAACGAAGAUCGACCGAAUUUCUAUUCUCCGUGGUCGUGACACCAUUCCUACGGAUACAGUAACAUCUGGAAUGGUGUGUGCCAUUGAUGCGGAAAUCCUUUUGCAAAACACAACGCUCUGCAGCGAAAGUGAUUAUCCAUGUCUUAAAAUUGGAUCUCAAACUGGCGAAGCUCUGGUCAGGGUGUCAGUUAGCACUCAGCAAUUGGAUGAUAUGGUUGAGUUGAGAGAAAAACUGAAAUUACUUGCACUUUUGGAUACCAGCUUAAAAGUUAUGGAGCUUGAAAAUGGAGAGCUAGCGAUGGUUACAGCCGGAGAAGUUCAUCUACAGAAAUGUAUCAAGGAUUUGAACGAUUUGGGUCUAGUGGAUCUGGAUGUUUCUGAACCGAUUGUUCCAUUCAUGGAGACUGUAAUGGAAGAUGUAAAUCUCUCGGCACCACAAAUCACGGAACAAGAAACCGACUGCCGCAUUCGAGAUGCUCUUCAUAUCAAACUUCGCAUAGCUCCUCUUGGAAGCACAGUAAUAGAGUUCCUUGGUAAAAACGCUAUCCUACUCUUUGCAAUUCGUCGUGGUGAAGCAGAUCAGACGGAAGUAGAUGACUUCCAAAGGAAACUAACUCUGGUUUGCACAGAGUCUUUACCAACGCUGAAAGGAACAUGGUGGUACCGAAAACCAAAAGAUCUUAUUGAAACAAUGAUCGAACGUAUUUGGGCGUUUGGGCCUGAUAGAGCCAGAUCCAAUAUUCUAUUCAACAAUGUCGAAAGUUACGAUAGAGAUCUAAUUUGGAGAAAAACCGAAUUCGGUGUGAGACGAUACGACCAAGCACUUGUUGGUGGAUUCGAAUUGUUCUGCAACUCUGGACCACUUUGUAAUGAAAUCAUGCAUGGAGUCGCUGUAAUUGUGGAAGAAUGGACUGUGGAUGAGGAGGAUGGUGCCAUCGGAGGACAAAUGAUGUCAGCAAUGAAGGCAACAUGCUCAGCAGCUGCGAAAAAGUUGGCUCUUCGACUGGUAGCUGCCAUGUACAAGUGUACCGUAACCACUGCUAGUCAGGCGUUGGGAAAAGUGCAUGCGGUUUUGUCACAAAGGAAAUCCAAGGUUGGUGAGGGAUCAUGGAUCAGUUUUGGGUGGUCUGUUCUAUCACCUGUCCUUUCCGAAGAUAUCAAUGAGGCAACGAAUCUCUUCGAAGUGGUAUCACUGAUGCCUGUUGUUGAGUCAUUCUCAUUCUGUGAUCAACUUCGGAAGUUCACUUCUGGAAUGGCAUCUGCUCAGCUUCAAUUCUCGCACUGGCAAGUGAUUGAUGAAGAUCCCUACUGGACACCGACAACGUUGGAAGAAGUAGAAGAGUUCGGAUUGAAAGGAGACAGUCCGAAUCAUGCCCGAGGAUACAUGGAUGCUGUUAAAAGGCGUAAAGGAUUGCCGACUGAAGAUCUGAUUGUGGAGUCUGCGGAGAAGCAGAGAAAUUUGAAAAAAAAUAAAUAA